UUGCAGCGACAGCCUGCGACACGCACCCCACUCCGCGUCCGAUCUCAAACUGGCAUUUGGAAGCCCAGUGGUUGUGUUUGUAAUAAGCUACCAUAUCUGCUCAGUCUCAAGUUGGUCUCAAGGUCAUGAAGGAAAUUUCUUCCAGGGACGUAUUUUCUCCUUUGCACGUUUGUAAGUACGCGAAGAUGGCUGGUGCGGUGCAAAAGGGUCCGAAAGGGACGAAAAUCGCAGAGCUGUUUGAAUCCAUGGAGUAUGGACCUGCUCCAGAGUCUGACAAAACUGCCCAGGCAUGGCUGGAUGACCACAGCCGUAAGCUGGGACACUUCAUCAACAAUGAGUGGGUGACGCCCGAGAACAGGAAAUGGUACGAGACGCGCAACCCGUGCACGGGCCAGGUGCUGGCCGCCACUGUACAGGGCACUGAGGAAGAUGUCAACGUGGCCGUGGCAGCCGCCAGGAAGGCGUUCGGCUCGUGGGGUCAGCUGAGCGGACAUGCACGAGCGAGACACAUUUACAGCAUCGCGCGCCACCUGCAGAAGCACGCCCGUCUAAUGGCGGUGAUCGCCUCCAUGGAUAACGGCAAGACGAUCCGUGAGACGCGUGACUGUGAUGUACCGAUCGUGAUCCGCCACCUGUACCACCACGCCGGCUGGGCGCAGCUGGCGGACACCGAGAUGGCCAACUGGAAACCGCUCGGCGUUGUGGGUGCCAUCGUGCCGUGGAACUUCCCUCUGAUGCUGCUGGCCUGGAAGGUGUGCCCCGCACUGGCCAUGGGCAACACGGUGGUCCUGAAGCCGGCCACCUACACCCGACUGUCGGCGCUGCUCUUUGCCGAGAUCUGCGCCGAGGCUGGGCUCCCUGCAGGCGUAUUUAACGUGGUGACCGGUCCCGGCUCGAUGGGCGAGAAGCUGGCCACGCACCCAGACGUGGACAAGGUGGGGUUCACCGGCUCCACAGAGAUCGGACAGCGACUGCGCCGGGCCACCGCCGGCAUGGGAAAGAAACUCUCACUCGAGCUGGGCGGCAAGAGUCCGGUGGUGGUGUAUGACUCGGCCGACCUGGACUCGGCCGUCGAGGGCGUCGUGGACGCGAUCUGGUUUAAUCAGGGGCAGGUGUGCUCUGCCGGCUCCAAGCUGCUGGUGCAGGAGCGUGUCUUUGAGCCGAUGAUGGCUAAACUGCGGGCUCGGAUGGAGAAGCUCCGGCUGGGUGACUCUCUGGACAAGGCACUGGAUAUGGGCGCUAUCGUGGAUGAGAGCCAGCGGCGCAGUGUGAAAGAGUAUGUGGACAGCGCUAAAGAGGAGGGUGCGGAGGUGUUCCAGGUGGGCGCUCCGGCCGGCUGUUUCUACCCGCCCACACUGAUCACCAACGUGCAGACCAGCUCUCGGGUGGUGGUGGACGAGAUCUUCGGGCCCGUGCUGGUCGCCCUGCCCUUCCGCACCGCCAAGGAGGCGCUGGCGCUGGCCAAUAACACCAUCUACGGCCUGGGAGGCAGCGUCUGGACCGAGAAACUGCCGCUCGCCCUGGAGACAGCCAAACACAUCAAGGCGGGCUCUGUCUGGAUCAACUGCCACAACAUGUUCGACGCUGCGACCGGUUUCGGCGGCUACCGUCAGUCGGGGUACGGCCGGGACGGCGGCAAGGAGGGUCUCUACGAGUACGUGAAGCCGCGCUGGAUGGGCGACACCAAACAGCCGGCCACCGAGGUCGACAUGAAGGAGUUCGGCGCGCGCGACCAGCCCAGCCGGCCAGACAUCGGCGCGGCCGCGGUGGUGCCGGAGAUAUCCGCGGGCGUGCCGCGCGUGGACCGCACCUACAAACUGUUCUACGGCGGCGCGCAGAAGCGCCCUGACGGCAACUACAGUCGCGUCGUGCUGUCCGCCGACGGCUCGCCGGUCGCUCAGGUGGCCGAGUCUAACCGCAAGGACGUCAGGAACGCCGUGGAGGCGGCGCACAAGGGCCAGCCGGGCUGGGCCAAACGGUCAGGCCACCAGCGGGCACAGAUACUGUACUACCUGGCCGAGAAUCUGGAGCUGCGCAGGGAGGAGUUUGUGAACACGCUGGUGCAGAGCGUCGGCGGCAGCCGCGAGGCGGCUGAGAAGGAGGUGGACGCCUCAGUGGCCCGCCUAUUCCACUGGGCGGCUCUGUCGGACAAGUUCGGCGGCGCCGUUCAGGAGACGCAGCUGUACGGCACGGUGCUGCGUCUACACGAGCCGGUGGGCGUGGUGGCCGCCCUGGCCCCGGACACCGCUCCCCUGCUGGCCGCUGUAUCUCUGAUCGCACCGCUGAUCGCCCGAGGGAACGCGGUGAUCCUGGUGCCGAGCGAGCGGCGCCCCCUGCCGGCGCUCGAUCUCUAUCAGAUCCUGGAGACGUCGGACGUGCCGGCCGGCGUGGUCUCCCUGCUGACGGGCAGUCGUGACCACCUGGCGCGUCAUCUAUCCGAACACCAAGACAUCCAGAGCGUGUGGUGUCUGGCGGAGAGCGCCGCCGCCAGCCGCUUCGUCGAGCACACCUCGGCUGUCAACGUGAAACGUACGUGGGUGGACUGGGGGCGCGGCCGCGACUGGUUCGAUGGUUUGCAGGGACAGGGAGAGGAGUUUCUCUAUCACGCUACUCAGUGUAAGAGCGUGUGGCUGACCAUGGGAGAUAUAUUCGCCAACUGAGAGAUGGGAGGAUGAGAGGGAAGGAGAGAGGAGGUAGAGGAGGAAGGGCAGGAAUGAGGGAGAGACGGAGAGCGGGGCUGGAUGAAGAGAGUAAGGUGAACAGAUAGAAGAGAUAGGGGUACGAAUGUCUGGAGAGCAGCUGAUGAGAAGAGGAAGAUUGGUGGAAGGCUGGAGGAGCUAUGGCUAGAAAGAUCAAACGGGAUUAUCUCGAUGCUCAAGUAGAGCUUGACGGAAGAAAAAGACUUAUCGACUGAAUCAAACUGCGGGUAGCGAACGUUGCAGGGAUCGGGAACAUGGCUGAUAUAGGGAGAUAUAAAUAGGAUAGUUAAGCUGCCUAUGCACAGAGAAUUCGCGGUGGAUAGGAUCGCGGUGGGUAGUUUCGGGCUGGGUUAACUAGUGGGUAGGAGAUAGCCGCUAACGUACACUGCGUGGGGCUGUGCUUGCCGCUGUGGCUGCUAUGUAUCCGCGGGUUGUAGUGUAUUCUCCGUAAUGCCAUUCCAGCCAGAAGGGGCGAUCAUUUGCGUGUCGGCGAGAGGUCUAGUGCCAAAUGCACGGGAAAGCUUCAUACGUAGACUGUCGUAGACAUAUCUAUCAUUGUAUACUAUGAGUGCAAUUUUUAUACUUGUUUUGGCGUACUCGGCAAGCUUGCUAGCCAGCACUUUUUUAAGCAUUUUGUAAGAGAAGCCAGUUUUUUUUUUUUGCUGCCAGAAAAUGGAAGAGCUAGCGAACUGUUGCGCGGUGAUAGUUGUAGUGCAAUAGCUGCGGCAUUUAUUGUAACCCCUCAGGUUUCUUUGUGCAAUUGUAACUCAACGGAAAAUGGUAUCUACAGUCUGUGCAAUAGUGCGAGAAAAUAAGUGCCAUUGGUUGAACCUUUUUGUUCCCUUUGAUUUUGUUCAAUCGAUUGUGUAUCGUCGAGAUGCAACGGGCUCCAGGGACCAGUCGGGCAUAAAUUCCAACGAAGAGUGUUUUCACAAUUGUUCUGUCGAUGUGGAGGUCAAUGGUUGCUGUUACUAACAUCUCUAAGCUUCUGACAAAGCUUGGUUAUUGGUGCGUAUUUUUGAAAAGUGGUCUUUGUUAACCUCUGCGAGGCACUGUUGCGUAGUUUUCGCUAUUGUAACUGUGAGCAAUGAUUAAUAAACAGACAAGUCGGGGCAAAA